CCAUAUCACACCACCACCACACACUACACGACACCACAAUUCAUCGGUCGCCUCUUCCGCCUUCCAUGCUCCGGCCUUGACCUGCAACUUGCUGUUCCGUAACUUGUAGGCCGCGGGAAGGAAGGACCACGACUGCGUGCAGUUUUCCUUCUUAGCACGCAGCCCGGGAAAGCACCCAUUGCAUUGCUUCACUUGCAUCGCAUCACAUCGCACCUUCCUCCUCCUGUCAUGUCUCGCUCUGCGCUGGGAAAGAGGUCCCGCGAUGUUGCCGAGCACGCUGCUAUCCUCAGGACCCCGAGCAAACGAGUUCGCCGCUACGACGCGUGCUCAAUUCGCGACGCCGAUGAUGAGAACUACGACCCGCAGGAUGCCGACGGUGGGGACGAGGGGGACGAGGGUGACCUUGCCGUCGAGGUUGUUGCCGAGCUCCCCUUGAAACGCCAGCGCUCCCAUUCACUGGCCUCGACGGCCAAGAAGAAUCCCGUCACCCCCUCGACGCCCCGGCACCGCGAUGCUCUGGCCGGCUACCCCAUGACGCCCCGGCACACCGUCAUGUCGGCCGGCAAGCUCUUCAAGCGCCUCACCCCGCAGUCGCCCCUCUCGCCAUCCACCAUCCAGACCGUCUACCACUCUGCACGACAGCUGUUUGCUCGCGGCGCUGAGCCAGGCCAGCUCAUCGGUAGAGAAGCCGAGAGGGAGCAGUUGAUACGGUUUUUGGACCGCUGCAAGUCGGCGGCCCCCAGCGGCUGCCUCUACGUCAGCGGUGCGCCCGGCACCGGCAAGAGCGCCAUGAUCACCCAAGUCACGAGCGAGUACUCUGCGUGCGAGGGCGUUCGCAGCGCCUUCAUCAACUGCAUGAGCAUCAAGUCGUCCAAGGACCUCUACAGCACCCUACUGACUGCUUUGGGACUCGAUGGGGACAUGCUCGAGGCGGACGCUGUCGCCGCCCUGCAGCAGGCCUUUUGCCCCAAAACCACGUCCGACACCACCGUCUACCAGGUGACGCUGGACGAGAUCGACCACAUCCUGACCAUGGGCCUCGAGAGUCUCUACCGCAUCUUCGAGUGGUCGCUGCAAAAGUCGUCGCGUCUCCUACUCAUCGGCAUCGCCAACGCGCUCGACCUCACAGACCGCUUCCUACCCCGGCUCAAGUCGAAGAACCUAAAGCCUGACCUGCUUUCCUUCCUCCCUUACACGGCGGCGCAGGUCAAGAACAUCAUUCUUGUGCGGCUCAAGUCGCUCAUGCCCGAAGUCAAGGAGGGCUACGUCCCGUUCAUCCACCCCGCCGCCAUUGAGCUGUGCUCCCGCAAGGUGGCCAGCCAGACGGGCGACCUGCGCAAGGCGUUUGAAAUUUGCCGCCGGGCCCUGGACUUGAUUGAGGCGGAGACGCGGUCCAAGCACGAGGAGGAGGCCAGGGAGAAGCUGCUGCAGAUGACGCCAUCCAAGAAGCCGCUCGGGGAGAAGAUCAACGGGGCCGGGGCGACGUCGGGUGCGAGGAGCGUCAUGCAGAUCAUGGCCACGUCGCUCAAGGGGCUGACAGCCGAGACGGCGCCGCGGGCCUCGAUUGGGCACCUCAACAAGAUCACGGCGGCGGCCUUUAGCAACGGCACCACGCAGCGGCUCAGGACGCUGAACCUGCAGCAAAAGGCGGCGCUCUCGUCGCUGGUGGCCUAUGAGAAUCGGACGCGCAGCAGGGCCAAGUCGGCGGGAGGCGCGCCCUGCACGCCGUCCAAGUCGCAGUCCCUGGCGCCCACUAUCAAGAUGCUGUUCGACACAUACUGCCAGCUGUGCACGCGUGACUCGGUGCUCCACCCGCUGUCGAGCUCCGAGUUCCGAGAGGUGGUGGGCAGCCUCGAGACGCUGGGGCUGGUGAACGCGGUGGACGGCAAGAAUGGCAGCUUCGCGGCGCACACGCCCAGCAGGCGCGGCCGUAAGAGCGCGGUGGCGAGUGGCGACGAGAGGAGGAUCGCGAGCUCGGUCAGCGAGAAGGACAUGGAAUCGGUUACGGAUGGCGUUGGUGCGGGCAUCCUGAAGAGCAUCCUGCUUGGCGAGGCGUUGGAUUAGACAUUUGUUUUGCAUUGCAUUGUUGCAUUGGUUCGGGCUCGCAUGGAGACGGCACAUUUUGUUUCUUUCCUCGUUGAGCAUGAGCAUUAGGCGCCGGAGUUGAGACAGGCGUUGGAUGGCAGCUUCCUGUCUUUUUUUACAUGAGCAAUACCACGGUGGCCGGGGUCACAGCCGCUUUGGAACGGAAUAGGGUACGACCUCGGGCGGAGGGUGUACACGCCGGCACGGUACAGCAUUGAUAAUAGAAACCCAGAAC